AUGGAUAUCGACAAGAAGUACGAUAACUACGACUUCCCGGUUACUGCCGCCGAGCGUCAGGAUGGCCAUGCUGGUCACCUUAAUGAGCAGCAAAUUGCCCAGGUCCACCAGCUGCGUAUGAUGCUUGAAGCUGAGGGAUACACGGAUCGUCUGGACACAUUGACUUUGUUGCGAUUCCUGCGAGCGCGCAAGUGGGAUGUCAAGCUGUCCAAGGCUAUGUUCGUUGAUACCGAAAAGUGGCGAAAGGAGACCAAGCUCGACGAGACCGUUCCCAUCUGGGACUACCCCGAGAAGCCUGAGAUUGCCAAGUACUACAAGCAGUUCUACCACAAGACGGACAAGGAUGGUCGUCCCAUCUACAUCGAGACACUUGGCGGUAUUGACCUGACCGCCAUGUACAAAAUCACCACCGCCGACCGAAUGCUUAGCAACCUUGCCGUCGAGUACGAGCGGCUCGCCGACCCACGACUGCCCGCCUGCUCUCGCAAGGUCGGCAACCUUUUGGAGACUUGCUGCACCGUUAUGGAUCUCAAAGGCGUAACCGUGACCAAGGUCCCGUCUGUCUAUUCCUACGUUCGUCAGGCCUCCGUCAUCUCCCAGAACUACUACCCUGAGCGCCUGGGAAAGCUGUUCCUUAUCAACGCCCCGUGGGGGUUUUCAACUGUUUGGAGCGUUGUCAAGGGCUGGCUUGACCCCGUCACCGUCAAGAAGAUCCACAUUCUUGGCAGUGGUUACCAGAGCGAGCUGCUGAAGCAUAUCGAGAAAGAGAGUCUACCCGUUGAGUUUGGCGGUACUUGCACCUGUGAGGGUGGGUGCGAAAACAGUGAUGCCGGUCCAUGGCACGACCCUCAAUGGGCACGACCUGCCUGGUGGGAGAAGAAGGCAGACGAGAAGACUAUCCAAAACAACGGCUCCAAGAUUGAGACGGCCCAAGAUGGUCCCGCUAUUGAGCCUGCCCCUAUCGCCGAAACAGCCAAGGAUGAGACAGUGCAAACUGCUGCUGCUUAA